UCCUGCCCUGGCCACCCGGUUUUUUGGAGAGGAGAAGUUGGCAGAGGGAUGAUCCUGCGAUGAUGGCGCUGCAGCUGAAGAGCGGGGAUGCCGCGUACUACCAGAGCGCAGAUUACUGCAGAAACUACACUUCUCCGCCUGUCAGCUACGGUGACAGCAGCCAUUAUCUUGCCCGACUGCCAGUCCCAGAAACCAUGUUGAAGCCACCCCUCAGUCUCUUCAGCCAUCCACAGCAAACUUUCCAACAUAUGGACUCCUUGCACCAGUUGGGACCGCCUCCAAUGGCACCUACACAACCUCUCGGCCCUCCGCCCAUUGCCCCUGCCCAGCCAAUCGGACCUCCAUCUAUGGCACCCACCCAGACUCUAGGUCCACCUCCUAUAACUGCUACUCACCCCUUAAGGCCUCCCCCGAUCACUCCUCCACACGUCCUAGGCCCUCCUCCAAUGCCCCCAGCUCAGCCACUGGGGCCUCCGCCAAUGGCACACACCUUAGGACCCCCACCUGUUGAUCACACACAAGCAAUAGUGCCUCCUCCAACCAUGGACCUCACACAACCACUGGGGCCUCCACAUCUGAACCCUGCUCAAGCUCUGGUUCCCCCUCCUGUAGUGGCGCCUGCAGCUGGAAGGUUUCCCCUCCCUCCCAGCCCCCUGUCCUCACCCCCUGCGCCUGGCCCUGACCCAUCACAGGUGCCUCCAAGGCCCCCAGGACCAGCACUUAUCCCACCGCCGAUGCCCGGCCUCGUUUGUGGGCCUCUCCCAGGUCAGGCGGCGCCAGUCAGCGAACAGCCCCAGGAUGAAGGCUCUUCGCUGGGGGUGGAGGAGCAGGAGGACUCUCUGGGGCUGGAGGAGCUGUGCAAACCACUGUACUGUAAACUCUGCAAUGUUACCCUCAACUCUGCCCAGCAGGCACAAGCUCACUACCAGGGAAAGAACCACAGUAAAAAGCUGAGAAACUUCUACGCUGGCAGUCAGCAGCCGCCAGCCAUCAGGAUCCCAGAAGUCCUCGAGACGGCCGGCCAGACGUCCCUCAGCUCAGGAUCCAGCGACGGUGACACAGGCAGGCAGGCGCUGUAUAAGGGGGCACCGCGGGUCAUCCUGGCCACAGAGAACGACUAUUGUAAACUGUGUGAUGCCUCCUUCAGCUCACCAGCAGUCGCGCAGGCCCACUACCAGGGCAAGAACCAUGCCAAGAAACUACGGCUCGCUGAGGCCCAACAGAACUCCACGAACGUUGAAGGCAACAAUGAUGCAGCCCCAAGAAGGAACAGAAAGGACGGCAGUGAGUACCGACUGCUGAAGAGCCGCCGCAGCCCUCAGAUACCUGCCUCAAUGCCGGGGCCCUACUACAACCCCAGACCAAGGCAGCGCAUCCCCAGGGACUUGGCCAUGUGUGUGACUCCCAGCGGACAGUUCUACUGCUCUAUGUGCAACUGUGGAGCUGAGCAGGAGACAGACUUCAGGCAGCAUCUGGAGAGCAAGCAGCACAAAGCCAAAGUGUCAGAGCUGAGAUACCGCCAUGAGAUGGAGAACCUGGGCUACAGCUAAGAUACACAAGAGGGGAUUGGGUGCGGGGAGUGAAAGCAGAGACAGUUUAAGGCUGCUGCUGGUCAGGAGAAAAAAAUACGUUCAGUUGAGAUUUGAGAGCCAUAUUUACAAAAAUGAUCACCCCAAAUGGCCUCACGAUCCUGUUGCAAUUUAUUUACUAUAUAAAUCAAGCAUUUAGGUCCAGA